UAAUUCAGGAGUUUUCAUAUGUCAAAUGUUGACAAACAUGAUGCACGCGCGCGCGAGGUGCAGUGAUGUCACAGCGAGGCGCGAGGGGACCGGAGAUUCGUCCAGCGCUCUACAGUGCUAAUAAAGAGCACCUUCUUGAGUUAGUCACCCGCAGCAGUGUGUAGGACAAGUGCAGGGAGAGAGAGAGCGAGGAAAAAGCCGCCGUAGUGAUUGAUAUAACUAAAUCGAGCAUCUGGGAUGCUUUACGCGUCUUUGACGUGCGCGCGUGGUGAGCCCUGAGUUGCGCUAUUGACAAAACACUCUUUAUUGAGCAAUCCGGGGCGGACAUAAAUGCUGAUUGUCCGCAAUUGACAAGCAGCGGAGCAGCCAGGGGGGGCUUGGCGCUUGAUGAUGUCUUUUCUUGCGGGUCACUGAGAGGAAUCAAACUUAUCUACAAAAGCAGGACGCAGGUACAGGUGCUGCGCUCGAGUCAUGGACGGCGCGCUGUACCACUCAGAGGGAAUAAUCGGCGCCCCUUCGGCUUCGACGGGAGCAGGUGUGAUGGCGAGCUCCAAACCUCUCGCUUUUUCGAUCGAAAGGAUUAUGGCCAGGACGCCCGAGCCAAAGUCGAUACCGUUCCCGAACUUGCUCCACGCUCCCGCGGGGAAAGCGGAGCCCAAGCAGUCUCCCGCGCCGCUGCACUGCAUGAUCCCCCUCAUGCCGCUCGCCUGCGAGCCCCCUCAUAAACUUCACGUCAAUGGAUUAGACCACCCUGACGCGUUUUCCUACAACGCGGGCGAGCUGCUGAGCAUCGGGUUGAAUUACAAGAACGAGCAGCCAGACGCGACGCCAUCGGCCAUAGGACAGUACAAACUCUUCCGGCCGCGCGUCGUCAACCAGGCGUCGUUCCACGCCAUGGGCGCCGCCGUCUGUUACCUGAACUGCGGGGAAAGCGCGUGUGCGCCUCACGCGGGUUUGGUGAACCUGCACCCCAUGGCGUCGUACCUCCUCAACGCGCCGCUUCACGCGCGCCAGAAGAGCCUGUUCUCCUCUGAGAAGAGCAAACCGGACAGGUGUGCUCCUCCUGGCGCGUCUUUCAAGGAGCUUUCUCACUCUCACCUGCACCAUUACAUGAAGGAGAGCGCGCACAUCUUGUCGGAGAAGCUGUUCAAGAACUCCACGGCCAAAUUAAACAGCGGCUCUCCUCAAACCAAACCAAAAGUGUUCACCUGUGAAGUUUGUGGCAAGGUGUUCAACGCGCACUAUAAUUUAACGCGUCACAUGCCGGUUCACACGGGCGCCAGACCAUUCGUUUGCAAAGUGUGCGGCAAAGGAUUCAGACAAGCGAGCACUCUGUGCCGCCAUAAAAUCAUCCACACUCAGGAAAAACCGCAUAAAUGCAACCAAUGUGGCAAAGCUUUCAACCGAAGUUCAACUCUCAACACUCACACACGAAUCCACGCGGGAUACAAACCCUUCAUCUGCGAAUUCUGCGGCAAGGGAUUCCAUCAGAAAGGAAACUACAAAAACCACAAGCUGACCCACAGCGGAGAAAAACAGUUCAAGUGCAAUAUCUGCAACAAAGCCUUCCACCAGGUGUACAACCUCACGUUUCACAUGCACACGCACAACGACAAGAAGCCUUUCACCUGUCCGACAUGCGGCAAGGGUUUCUGCAGGAACUUUGAUCUUAAGAAACACAUUAGGAAACUGCACGACAUUUCCCCGGGACCCCGCUCUCCAUCGACACCCACCGCGGGCCUGGAGGCGCAGUGAAACUCC